GGUCCGGCUUGUCGGGUUCAAGGUGACUAUUGCCAACAUGAUUCCUAACAGUAGCUUCUUUUCUAGCCGAACAAAUAUCCAAAGACCUUACCUAUCACUUCAAAAUACAGUCUGCUACGAUUGAAUUUCAGUAAGCAUGACAAGCUACAAGCAGGAAAUGCCACCACCUGGUGGAUACUCUCCGCUUGAUUUCUCCAGAAAAAUGCCAAGAGGAACAUUAAAUGGUCUUGUAACACUUGGUUGUCUCUACGCUACAACAUUUGUGGGCAUACAAAUUUACCACUACCGCAAAGAAAAAGCCGCCGUUGUCGAGCGAGAGGAUCAAGAGAAUCGGAUUGCUCUCACCCCUUUCAUUUUGGCCGAACAACAACGCUUAUACAUGAAGCAACUUCGGAGAAACCGUGAUUAUGAAAAAGAAUUGAUGAAGGAUGUAGCAAAUUGGAAGGUUGGACAUUGGUUUGAUUAUCCAGUAUUCCAUAAUCCUCGGGGCUUGUGGUGUGAUCCAUACAAAGAAGAUUUUUAUGCUCACUUGACUCAAUGGGAUAAAGGAAAACAAGAAAGUAUAAAGCGUAUAUAUCCUUAAACCGUUGUGAUUUUCUUAUUUAACUGUAGCUAUAUAUUCACCAAAUAAAAUACGACUUAGGGUUAGCCCAAGUUUUGUGUUCUGCUUUAUUAUCAAUGUGUAAAUCAAUAGAUUUUUUGGUACACCAAUCCAUUUGCAGUGUGUUCGGU